AUAUUUAGCCAAAUGCCUUUUAAAAAAGCCAUUCUAUAAAUGUCAUACUGUUGCAAUAUACACAAACUGCACAUUUCUACACCUAUUAUUGUUGCAUAAUGCGAUUUCCAUCAACGAUAGUAAUAACAACAACGACAAUAACUCACCCAAUGUUAGCACACUGGAGGGCAAAAAUGGUUACUAAUGAUUACUCAUAAUUUGCUUGGGAAAUGUGAGUGUAGGAAAUGUCAUAUGUGCACAUUAAAGCAUCCCCACAACAGCCAUUCAACUACCACUGCAGCAGCAAAGCAGCACAACCCCAGGCUAAUUUGUGCCACCACUUCUCACAUCCUGUCACCUUUUAUUGAACAUGUAGGAGCAUGCUCAGAUGCCCCCCCACUCCCUACAGCCCUGCUGAUCCCACUAACUUCUGACCUCUGACCUCUCUCCCAUGGAGUUUAACCAUGGAGACGGACAACCCUCGUAGCCUUUCUCUCCAAAAGACGUGUGUAUACUUUAACCCACCUUCUCUGUGUAUCUCCCUGUAUUUGCUUGUGUGAACUGAAAUCUGCAAGUUGUUGUUGUUGUUGUUGCUGUUGUUGUGGAGGGUUGACCGUUAAACCAGGUGCCAGUGUUCACCUGUGGUUUACAUCUAUCCGUGGCUUCUCUCUGAUCCCCAUUAACCUAAUAUCUAAUGUGUACUGCACUAACAUUGUGGCACCUGAAUGUGUCUUCUGCCUAUCACAUUGCGAGUAAAGGUAACAGUGCUUUUACGUGAUGAAAUAAAAGUCAUUUUUUCACUCACUUGACACUUGAAUCCAAUAAAGCAGCAGCAAGGUCAUACCUAUCUCCCUCUGGGCACCAAGAGGACUCUCUAAGCUUAGACAUCCUGCUGCCAGGCAUCUGUCUGAUAAACUGUCUAAUAACUGGUCAUCUUUAAUAGACCUAGCUGUUGAGGACUGUGUGUUAAAUUGCCUGGAGAAAGGAGGCAGCGGUGUGCUUAUGAGCGCGAUGGAUAUAUGGAUUACUGUCUGAAAACUCUGCCUGAAGAUGAUGACUGCUGACCUCUAGAAACCAGCUUUAGAUGUGAGUGGUUGUGUUUUGAGUUCAUUUUUCAACAACCCUCAAGGUUGUCUAUCACCUUUCAGGAAGCCUUGUCUUGAAUGUGUCAAGUUCCUCCUCUGUCCAAUGCUUUAAAAUAAAAACAAAAACAAAACAGAUUAACUUUUCACUAAAAUGAACAAUUUGAUCAGCAGUGUGUGAGUGCGUAAAAACACUGACAUGCAAGUAAAAAAUCGUAAAAUAAGACGUCGUUAUGAGCUUGAAUAUUAUAUUUCUAAGUCGGAGACGGAGCGGUCGACCUCCUGACUCCAGCCAAUAAAAUUCUGCUAAAGCCAAGAGACAGCUGGGAAAUCAUUUCCUGUUUGAGAUUCUCUUGAGAUCAGCAGCUUUCAAUCUCUGUAACGACACUGGGCCUCAUUUAUCAAACAGGUUACGAACCCUGCACGAUCAAUCUCCAUAUUUAAGGACUUAUUGGAUUGAAGGUUCAGUUCUACAAUUUUUCAAUACUGAACUUAUAUAUUUGAUGACAGCAACAGUCAUGACACAGUCUUGCCAAAAUGAUCAAGAACUGACAUAAACCAUUUUUUAAAUGCAGGCAUCAAGUUCUGUGAAUUAUAUUUACUGUAUAUUAGAUUUUAUUUUAUCAAUCUGAUAACUUUGAGGUGAAAAACAGCAAAAGAUUACAUGGCUAUAAUUCUUUUGGAAAUUGCUUCUACUGCCAGUGAAGUUCAGUGAGAAGUGGGAUGGAUUUCUGAAUGCUUUAUUCCUGUAAAUGCUCUAGGUGAUUCAUAGUGCCAUUUGCGUAUGUGUUCGCACUUUUAAUAAAGAGUAAAGACAUUCACCUUGUGCCUGGCUCGAUAAAUGAGGCCCAUGUCUCCUGUGUUGACCGUUGCUUCAGCAGUGUCAUCCAUGUUGCUGUUGUGAUUGAUGACUUACACGCAUGCACUGUCAGGUCAAUUGGUCAGAAUUAAAUGUGAAAGGUGACCUUCAAGGGGACAUGAUGCAAGUGUAGCACACCACCACCACCACCACCACCGCCACUCCCGAUCCUGUGCGCACACACCAGACAACAACAUCUUCUGUGCCUCCUAUUUUGUGUCUCCUAGAGCAGGAACACUAUGCAUAUUAAUGAAUUUAGUCAUGUCACCAGAGGGCACUACUGUGCUUUAUUUUUGAUCAUCACUGCUUUCAGAGAAGACAUGACAUUUAAAAUCCAAAUCCACCUUUGAGAGGAAAUCUGAGACAAACACUGGUCUUAAGUAUGAACACUUAUUAAUUCCUGUACCUUGCUCCAUUUUUGGAGGUCGAUAUGAUUAGAUUGCCCUUAUGAUCCUUUCUACUGUGUGGUGCUGGUAUUUCACUACUUCCUGUUGACUCCUAUUAAUGCUAAGUGGUGAUCAGAUGACAGGCACAUCUUUAAGAAAGGAAAUAUUACAUAUUAAGAUCUAAAGAUAGAGUGUAAUUGAUGUUUUCCAGGAACAAAUGCACUUGUAUUUAACCAAAUGUUUCUUUGGAUGACUUCCCAAAUGAGUCCAUUAUUUGCCAGAGUAUUUGUACAAGCAGUCCUCCUGUUACUCUAAGGUGCUGCCUUUGAACUGCACAGUGAAGUAGCACAUUUCAAGCCCCAAAUACCCAAACGAAUGAGAGAAUGAAAACUAAAUAACCAGCAUCUGCACACUGUUGCCGCUAGUGAAUGCUGGCAGCUGUAGUAUUGGUCCUCCAGGCCCAAAGGAGUGACCUCUUGCUGGUUUUCCACCCUCCACAGGCUCACUUUCUCCUCCUCUACCUCUUCUUCCCUGCUCUCCUCUCCCCAUCCCUCUCUCCCUCCACACUGGACUGCAGACCUUUUCAUCCACCUGCCUCUCACGUGGCCUGGAAAACUAGCCGUACCCCCUCACACACUCUACUGAUCUGAUUCACUUCCUUAGCCAUGUGGUUGCUCAAUCUAUUUUCCUGUGUGUGUGUUUGUGUCUGUCUUUCUCACACUCUUUGGUCUUUUUCUCCUCUGCCUGUCGUUAUUCUCCCUCUUCUAUACCCUCUGUUUGCUGUGGGACCUCCGCACCCUGUCUCUGUCUCUUAGUGGGGCAGUUUCAGGGGGUCAGAAGGGGGCAGCAACUGGGCAUGGGGAUAAUGGGGGGGGUCCUUAUCGCAGUGACAGCGUGAAGAGCAUGGUGACAGAGGGAGUGAAGGCCGGGAGGUGGCAGACCGUCCAGGGCCACAUGCAGUCCGGAGGAUUGCGAUCCAGCGACUUUGGGGAUCCAGUCUUGUCCUAUGCAUCCACUUUGGAGCACAUCCCCUCUGGGCCGACCCGGCCCCGGACACUGCUGCGCCAGCAGAGCCUUCAGCAGCCCCUCAUCCGCCCAUCAGGCCCUGGCCUCGGUCAUCCCACCACAUCCCAGAGCUUGGGACAAUUACACACUGCACCUGGACAGCCUGGGGGAGGCGGGGGUGCUGGGAGAGGAGAGGGAGGUAGCAGCAGUGGUGAGGGUGGGGGUGCAGGUACACGAGGCGGUCCCCGGAGUGCACGGGGCAGCCCAGCUGGAGCAGGUGCCUCUCGCUAUAGGGGAGGUGGAGCAGGAGGGCGCUCACGUGCAAGUCCUGGCAGCUGGGACUACAUGAUGGAGCAGAUGCGGAAUCGCGGCCUGGACGUCAAGUCCUUCCUUGAAGGGAAGAUGGUGGUCCUGGCUUUGGCCAUUGGUGUGGCAGAGCAAGAUGACUUUGCCAAUAUCCCUGACCUGCAGGAAACAGCUCAGGCAGCACCACCAGCCAAUCAGGAGCCCCCUCCUGAGAAGAGGGGCAACAAGCCAGCUAACAGCCCCAAGGGCCAACCCCCUGAUGCUGAUGGCCACUCCUCUGUAACUGACUUGGCCAACUCUCUCACAGGAGACAUGGUGAUGCUGUCUCCCGGCUCAGAGGAUGAUGACGGUGAAGGGCCUAUCAGCGAGAAGCUGGGUCGGAUCCAGUUCAGCAUAGGCUACAGCUUCCAGAACACAACCCUUACCGUCAAAGUGUUAAGAGGCCAGGACCUCCCUGCCAAAGACUUCUCUGGCACCUCGGACCCUUUCGUCAAAAUCUACCUGCUGCCCGACAAGAAGCACAAGCUGGAGACCAAGGUCAAGAGGAAGAACCUCAACCCCCACUGGAACGAAACCUUCCUGUUUGAGGGCUUCCCCUAUGAGAAAGUGAGAGAGCGCACUCUAUACCUUCAGGUGCUGGACUAUGACCGCUUCAGCAGGAAUGACCCCAUUGGAGAGGUGUCAAUCCCCCUUAACAAGGUGGAACUGGGCCAGAUAAAGACCUUCUGGAAGGAGCUCAAGCCCUGCAGUGAUGGCAGUGGGAGAAGAGGAGACCUGCUGGUGUCGCUCUGUUAUAAUCCCACUGCCAACACCAUCACUGUGAACAUCAUCAAAGCACGCAAUCUCAAAGCCAUGGAUAUUGGGGGAACCUCAGAUCCAUAUGUGAAAGUGUGGCUGAUGCACAAGGACAAGCGUGUGGAGAAGAAGAAGACAGUAACAAUGAAGCGCUGUCUGAACCCUGUCUUCAACGAAUCCUUCCCCUUCGAUGUGCCCGCCCAUGUGCUGAGGGAGACCACCAUCAUCAUCACUGUCAUGGACAAGGACAGGCUCAGCCGCAACGACGUUAUUGGCAAGAUCUACCUAUCAUGGAAGAGUGGACCAGCCGAGGUGAAACACUGGAAAGACAUGCUCGCUCGGCCGCGUACUAACGUCGCCCAGUGGCACGCUCUCAAGGCCUGAUCGCACCGCCCAGCUCCCUCCGUGGCCCCUUCCUGUCUCCUAUUCCCCCCCUCCUCCCACUCCCAUUCUUAUGCACAAGACUGACUUGCUGCCAGGCUGCGAAACACGGGUACAAUUAGCCAUCUGCUCUCUUAAACCUUUAAACUCUUUUCUCUUUCCUUUCAAAAUCUCUCUGACUCCCCUCUCUUCUCCUGUUUCCUCCUCUUCAUGCGGCCGUGUCUUAAUUUCUGUGUCUCCCCACUUUGCCGAUGGUCCCCCUGUUUCUGACUGUCUGUAUGUCUGUCUGUCCUUAUGCACCUUGCCUGUGGAGGUCUGAUGUUCAGUUUCUUUGUGGACCCCUUGGUUCUGAACAGCACGGCAGCCCCUGACCCAUUUAAGGUGCCAGUCCCGUGGGAUCACAGAGAAUCUUAAGUAAUGAUCUAAUCUCAUAUAAUCCUAUUGUAUGACUAUUCCAGGUACACAAUACUAUACAGUAUCUACUGUAAGUACAUGUACAUAUUAAUAUAUUAGGUGUAUAGAUCGGCAGAACUCCCCCUAUACACAUGAGUUGUAUACAGUAUGUUAUCCAUAGCCUAUCUGCUGUUCCCCAUCUCACCCGUCUGUUCAUUUGUCGCCUCGUCCUUCUCAUCUGUCUCAAGUGUAUCAUUUCCUCUCCCCAUUUCAGUCCUCCCUCCCUUUACUCAAAAGUGGUUUAAUGUUCAGAUGAAGUUGUUGAAAGCAAUCAAUACACGGUUUUGCAAUGAAACCAGCUGAACUCAAGAUGGAAUUGUUGAUACUGCUGUCUCUUCACUCUCUCUUCUUUUUUCUUCUUCUUCUCUUUGUCCCCUCUUUCCCUCCCUCUGGCACAUUAUUAGUGAACCCCCUCCACUCUCUGGACCCCCCACCCCCACCCCCUUGUCGUCUGUGUGCUGUGGGUGCUGUGCUGUAGCUCCGACAAAAAUAGAGAUUUAAAAAAAAGUAAAUAAAUAAACUGAACUUUCCAAAACUGGGAAAGCAGGAAGACAAUAAACUUGUGAAAUGGACCGUUCCUGAAUUUUCCAGACAAAAGCCCUGAUCCGGAGAGAGAAAAAAGAAGAUGAAAUAAAACAAAUAGACAAAUCCCCACCUACCCCCCGUGAUAAGAUGAUGUCAUUUUUCACAGCAUCACCAAUGAGACCAAUUAAAAAUAUUCUUCCAAUGUUAAGAUGAUAAAGGAAUCACAAAGCAGAGUUUCCGCUGUUUGUACACAUGCAUUUGGUUGUGUGUGCACAAUUCUGUCUGUUUAUGGAUGCCAUGAAUCCUUUGUGCUGCCCUGUGUCCUUGUUUUGUGCAGACGGAGGUCGACCUCCAUCAGUUUUGACUGUAUGGUGUACUGCGCUAAUGUGUGCCUGUUGCUGUUUGUGUGUGAGUGUGUGUGUGUGUGUGUGUGUGUUCACAGGAGCAACACAAUUCAGACCCGGCAGAAAUCUUCUUCUAUUUUCUCUUUCUUAUCUCGCCGUCUUCUUGCUCUUCUUACUGCCAUUGUUUCCCCAUCCUCCUUUACUGCCCUGCCUUCCAAACGGGGGCACAGGGAAGUUCUAUCUGCACUUUUUUGAAAAUGUAAUAACAAUAAUAAUGAUGACGAUAGUUUUGAUGAUGAUUAUGGUACUGGUGAAAAUUAAGGGAGGAGUAUCUGAAAGGGUGAGCAGCAGUUAGGGAGAGGAGACGUCUGCUGUCUGAUUUCAGGGUUUGGAGACAAAGUGGAGGACAUAGAGGAUGGAUGCAGGGCUCUCAUCCUCCUCUUUUUGUUCCCCUUUUUUCCUCCUGUGUGUUUGUGUCUGUGCUUUUGCAUAACAGCUACCAGAGUCCUGGUGGCAGGCUGCUAGUGUCUGAAAUGUCAGGCUUGGAUGGAGAGAUCAGACUCAUCUGCUUGUCAUAUGGAGGCCGCCCAGCACAACACUGCUAUUACGCAGUGUAUUGAUCAACAGCCACCACAGUCAGAACUCUAACAAAGAGUCCAUGAUGCUGAACAACAGGCGCAUAUCUACGAACAGCAAGACAGAUGUGCACGUUGGCUUUCACACUGAAAGAAACAUGAGAUAACAAGGCUGAGUUUUUGUUGUUCACAGGAACUAUGAACAAUUGUGUGUCGCAGACAGUGGGUGUGAUAUUAGAUGAUGGUCUGAUCUGCCACUGUGAGAUACUAUAGAAGCAGAUUAGACAUUAUCUCUUCCCUGAGUGCUUGAGAGCACCACAGAGUGUACUGCUAGCUGCUCCGUUUGUCAGGCACAUUCAGCUCAGCUCGAUAUUUCUGUGGCGUAAAUAAAACAGUCAUGGAGCUGCAAUGUGGUCACUGUCAGCCAUUAAGAAUUGCUCAUACAGACUCUUACUCUCACUGUACUCUCUACUGUAGCUGUCUGUUGUUCCAUUCACAAAGUCCUGUGAAGCAUUAUCCUGUCAGCGACUCAGGGUUUGUUUUAGUGGUGCAGCCUCUAAAUGAGGAUCUGCCUUUCAAAUGUCUGGUUAGACCAGCUUAGCUGGCAAACAUAAUCACUUGUGGGAUUUUUUUUUUUUUUUUUGGUUGAAGCAUCUCAGCUUCUUUUAAUGCAACAUUUUUGGUUCUUACUAACUCUGGCCCCAUUAAAAUCCUUGCCUAACAAGCUGUGGGCUCUGCAGUGGAUUUUUUUCUCUCUCAUCAUGACAGAAGCUUAUGCUGAUCACCGCUGCAGUCUGAUGGUCAGCACCAGGUUAGUCCUCAUCUUCUGUUUCUGUUAGCUGGUGUGGGCAGGACGUUGUGUAUUGCCAGUGUGUUCUGGGCAGUAUGUGAGACUCGGUGCUGGCUACUGUGAUGCGCUGAUCCAGUCCAGCAUCCCUCAGAACAAUUGGCCAGCCGUGGAACAGGGCCCACUGUUUUGACAGCCACUGCCUGCAGUGUCACAGCACAUUACACUCCCAUUAGGUGGUCAGAAAGGAGCAAUAUCUCCUUCCUCGGACCCGGGAGAGCCACUAUUUGCAGAGGUAAUACUCACUAAGAAUAAUACAAAACACGGAGCGCUCUCAUUAGUAACUAUGAAGACGAUGGACCAGCAUAACUCAUCAAUCAGAAUGAGGUAUGUAAUCAGUAAGCGAUCGCCGCUGAAGCUGUGAAAACCAAACAUGGUUUGAAUACGCAGGUGUGCAGGUGAUGAGUCAACACAAUACCUCCGCCAGUUCCUUUCACCAAGAUUACAUGUUGCUCAAUGAGUGAUAAAUUGCUGCGCUACAGGGGUUUACGAAGCUUAGUCAUCAGUGACCCCGUAAACUGGAGGAUAUGGCUUUAUUUUUAGAAACAUGAGGCACAGUGUGAUGUGGCUGAUCCUCGAAGGUAGACUGGAGGCUGCAGGGCUACAGAGUUAGGCUUUUAAAUCCGGAAAACCAGAGUGCUUUUGCAUACAGACUUCUACUUAAAUGUAAAUCCAGUGCAGGAUAUUUUCUAUUUUUAAAAGUUUGCUCUCAGAUAGGAUGGUCAUCAGAUAAUUAGCCAGUGAUAACCUUACGGGAAAGGCAGGAGGGUACUGAGGUAAAUGCGUAUUUUAUUAGGUAGUUUAGAAAACAUGUUUCUUUAUGUCAUUUUUAUAUUAAGUUUACACUGGCUUUUUAUCUUCUACGUUUAGGGUCAUACAGACCUACUUCAGUGUAUGUAAAAACAGUAAUAGCUGCAAAAGCUACAAUUUUUUGCUGUCAUUUUUAAUGCAGCUAAUUGAUAUUUUUAUAUCAAGGAAUUAAAUAAUGUGAAAACAAUGUGAGCGUCAAAGCAAGUUUCACUGAGACAUUGAGACUAAAAAUAGAGCAAAAAAGAGCGUGAAUAUUGAUCUUGGAUUGACCAGGUGAUUAGAAACUCCAUGUCAGUGUUUUGUAUGUUAUGUGCAGUUCUGAAUAUUUUUCUUGUAAGUUGGCUUUUCCCUCAUAAACUGAGUUUGGAUAUUUGACAAAAGUGACAAAAGAAAAGACCAUAAAGCCUUGUUGCAACAGCAAAGCAUUGAAUAUUUCAUGUUUUAUGUGUAAUAUUGAUUCUACAUAAACAGAUGUAUUAAUUUUAGUCACACAAGUAAAACAUCAUUUUAUGCGGUUGUCUUCUGAAACACGUUGGUUCAAAAGUUCAAAAUCAAGUUUAUCAGCAACAAUUUUAGGAAAAGUCAUUACAGGAACAUCAGGGUUAAAGGAAGAAGUGGCCACUUAAAAACUCUACAUAUGCAAAUAUUAAUUCAGCAUUUCAGUCACUCACAUUUUUCUUGAUUUAUCUAAAUUUAAACUGGCUAUGUAUGCUCAAGGUCACAUAGUUAAAAUAGUAAGAAAAAGGUGUGAAUUCAUUGAUAAGGUUAAAGUUAUUUACUUGGGGAAACGCAACACACUGACAUGCUUUUCAUCACAGGGUAGACAGUUGCACACUCCAUAAAAUAACCAGGAGUCUCAAACAUUAUGUUCUCUCAUUGCCAGCAGUCAAACAGCAGCACCAUUAAAAUGGAUGGUAAGCUCAGAGCCAAACAGUAUAAAGACGAAAGCAAUUUCCAGAUCCCAGUUUUAUUACACUGCCACCUGUCUCACACUUCUAAACGUAUUGCGUUUUGUUGGCACCAGCACUAUCAGCAAUGACCUUCAGCGAUCCUCAGCUCGUGAAUACAGCAUAGCAGUGUUGCACUCGGCGUACCUGCUCUGCUUGUGUUUGGCCUCAGUUCUGUCUUUCAUCAGGGUUUUAUUCCCCGGUGAAGCCAACUGGUUGGUGCAGGUGUGGAGAAUUACUGUUUGAUUGAAAAGGUUAAUUCAAGAUGGUAGACACAGCCAACACUGCCCACAACUUUGCCAGUGAGUUAAUACUCUUGAAAUGGGCUUUUGAGUAAUGACAAUUUUACAUAGUUUAUUUAUUGUUUCUGUAGUUAUAGUGGUAUAGUGGUUUCAAUUAUUAUUUAGGUUUUUCUGCAUGUUUCUUUAGCAUUGAGUUUUCAGCCACACCAGUGUUGUGGCUCUGGGGAAGUCACUUCGUCAUUUGGAACCAAGUGAAAUAUCUCAGCAACCUUUGGAUUAAAUUUUGUACAGCUAUUCCAGUUUUAAUAACUUUGGUGAUCCCCAGAUUUUUCCUCUCACACCAACACGACAUUCUUUCAAGGCUUUUAGUGAAAUGUAUUCAACAGCUGUUUGAUGGACUCCCGUUCAUUUUUUGUGCAGACAUUCAUGUCCCCCUGAGGAUGAAUUGUAAUAACUUUGGGAUAGGACAAAGCUUUGAUUUGUCCAAGACUUUGACCAAACUACCUUCAAAACUUCUGACAUUCCUAACAGCCUUAGCUAUACUUUUAGUGCUAAUUAACAAGUGUUUUUCUGAGGUGGUGACCACGGGCUGAAGUCACCCCCUCAUUCACUCACUCACUUCUCCCUGUAUAACACUAGUGACACGCAAUGGCAAGCAGUAAAUUGGUAUUUCAGACACUAAUCAUAAUAUUGCUCCCUUAUUUGAACUUGUUGGGUUGCACAGGUACAACACACUCCAUUUUGUAAUUGUUAGCAUAGAGUAGUAAUCACACCACAGACCUGUGCUUUUUUAGUUUAGCUUUUAAGCCCACCACAGUAUAUAAUGGAUAAAUUUAAACACUCAAAAUACCGGCACACUCUGUAAAUAUAGUGUGCUAUCUCGUGAUUGCAGGGUAAUUUCCCACACAGACAUAGUGAACAUUAUACGUGCUGAACAUUAGCAUGUUAGUAUGUUAGCGUGCUGACAUUUAGCUCGCAACCUUGCCGUGCCUCAGUAGAGCCUCACAGAGAGGCUAGCGUGACUGCAGACUUGUUAUUAGUCUGUCCAGCCAGUUAUAGUGAAAGAGGAGAUCCAUGUCCUGGGCCUUCAUCUUCUCUAAGAUGUUUAUUCAUGGGUGCCCCCCCCCCCCAAAUUUAUCAUUGUCACCAGCAGCCUACCCUUCUCUGUUUACUUUCUAAAUAACUGAAAGCUUUAUUGGCUGAAGGGGUCACACCUGUUUGCCAAGGGAUUAGCAAGAUAUUCUUCUGAGCCUGAUGAUAUUGUUUGUCCUUGUCAUACUCUCAGUCCCUUCCUUAUCCUGCGACGCAAGUUUUCCUUGAUGGAUAUGGCUUUCUUAAGAGGAGCGUCAAUGACUCACUCUGCUGGAAAGGUGCCUGCUUCGCUGUAGUUUGUGCAGUAUUAAAUUAAGGGUACACUGUGCUUUACGUCUUGGAGAACUUUAGGUGUGUAUGUGUGUGUGUGGAUUAAAAUCAGGCUUCAGUAAACUCAUCCUGGAGGGACUGCAGUUGAUCCUUUAUUCUGCUGAAUCAUAUGACGGCUGAGUCAGCCCAGAAGUCUUCUGUGGUCCCCUUUGUCUUUUGUCCAGUGAAGCCCUGUGUUAGUCUCGCCCUGCACAGACAGACCUCGCCUCCCCUAACUCACCCUUUCAAUUGUUUUAAGCAUCUGGUGAAAACCAAUGUGACUUCUCUCAGUCAGGGUUCGAGUAAGCAUUAUUUGAAUGGUAACGAAAUGAAUAUGAAAAACAAUAUUGAGUAAUAAUAUAUUUUUUCUUUCUGUUCACAUUUGACUGUUGGUCAGUGUGUAUGUAUGUGUGUGCUUGGUGUUCUUGUGUUGGGUUUAUUUCUUUACAAAAACGUGAUAAGAAAAAUCCUUCUGUUUUUGAAGACUUUAUGUAAAUAUUGUUGGUGAAAAUUAACAUUUGUUGUAUGCCAAGUUUUCAUUUGUCACUUGAAAUGAUGAAGAAAACAAUGAUAUUCAUGAAAAACAGUGGUGAUGUUGAUGAUGCUGAAGCUGAUUAUACUUGCCCUUCUUGAAUAAGGGCUUUUGAUGUCUGCUGUAUUUUUGUUGGAGGUGUUGUGAGGUCAGGGCAAGAUAAACAAAGGGAGGGAGUGAUACCCAACACGUCCCGGGUCCACUGUAGCAACACUGCCACAUAACCUUUUACCCCCAAACACACCACCAGGACGUACACAGAGUGAUGUGUGGCACAAAUUGUAGUCUGUGUUUGUUAUGCCAUAACACAUCUCUGUAUAUUUAUCACAAACAUGAAACACAGAGAGCUUAUUGGCUGAGUAAGAGGACUGUUCGCCUCCCUGUGGAGUCAGUCUGCCCCGGUCGCUUGGCAUCACGUCUCACCCUGUCUGCUUAUGGGCUUGGGGAUUUACUGUAAUGCCAUUGUGUUAGACAGGAUUGGCCCUGUACUGACACUGAUGAUGCCUUCCACAUUGAAUUUAGAGUCAUUAUUGCUCUGCUGGAGGCCAUACAUGGGGAUAGAGCAUGUAUGGAGGAGUGAAUGGAUUUCAAGAGGAAGGACAUACACCUUCAGCCUGACCCUGUGACGAUAAUUAGCGCGCUUGUGAUUCAACCUCUUAUUUGGGGUAAGCCUCAUGAUUAAGCACAACUGACUGCUGUGAACUUGCCUCCUGCCUAUUCAGAUAUUUGUAAGAACUCUCAAAACUCCAGCAAGAAAACCCCAGGAUUAGAGCAUGAGCCAAACUAUAAACGGCCGCAUGGCAGACACAGCGGAAACUAGGCUACUUAAUCAUUCCCAAAAAGUUGCUUGAAAAUAAGCUUGAAAUGUCGACGGUAGACAAAAUGUCCAAAAUGUGCCCUGUGCCUUUUCAACAGACAUAUUCAGACCACUGCUGCACCCAAAAAAAAAAUUGCACAGGGCUGUCGUCCAGUUAUUUUCUCUGCAGGUGUCUGUACGCCCACUUCCCUGUUUUCAAUAUGCCAUAGGCUUACAUGUCUGGCUGGGCCUGUGUACAGUGCAGGGAUGGAGUUUAUCAGUUUGGUAUUACUUUUAGGACUGUUUCCGCCUCAGACAUGAUAUGGUACAGCAGAUACUCCCAGCAGCUGUCUGCAGGAAGGUCAGUGGAUACAGUCCUUCCUUCAUUUGUAAUACCAUCCCUUAGUGGGAGUUGGAAAAUACACACACACACACACAAAUUAUUUUUUCCCUAAAAUCAGUUCCUUCAGAAUAUGUGUAUUUUUCUUUCCUUGCUGGCUGUAAAUAAACUUAGAACAGCUGCUAACUCCUGCCAUUAUGUGGACAUUUUAAUCAGGUAGGUAAUAAGCAAUACACUUAAUUGAUCUAACGCCAUAAACUGAAAUCUGACUCACCGGGUCUGAUGGUGACGGCUUUGCUUUAAAGGGAUGUUGAGGGUAACACUCCUGUUUCUUCACCUCCUUUCUCAACUUGCCAUGGCCCACCUCUUCAACAAAGAGUGCUCUAACUUAAAACACACAAAUUGUGAUGUGUACAAUCUAAUUUAAUGUAUUUAUUUAUGUAUUUUUGCCAACUUUGUAUAGUGUAUAAAUAUCUAUAAAUAUAUAAAAAAUGACAGUACUGUAUAGAUUUUAGCUGCCUGGUAAGGUUAAUAGUAUAUACUUGGUAGACUAAAAGAAAAAGAGUAGAGCUGUUCAAAAGCCAGUCAUUGAGAAAAUGCUUUCUGUAAAACCUGAUGCCACUGGCUCUUUUUAUAAUCUAGGUUUCGUUUCCGGUUUAUUUUUUUAUUAUUGCCAGUGGGAUCCAAAGUGCGUGUUGCUCUUCUUUUCAUCCGUUCCUCUGUUAAUCGGUACGUUUGAUUUUUUGUUUUGUUUUUUUUUACUUGACAAGACACAGCGAGGUUCUGGCAGCCAGGAGAGCGCAGUGGAACGCAGACUGGGACCCUGUGUUGUAGCGUGUGUGUGUGCGUGUGUGCGUGUGUGUGUGUGUUAGGUGUGUGUCCGUCCAUGGUAGUGUUAGUGCUCUCUGUGCAGUGCCGCCCUCCUCCUUCCCUCCUUCCCUCCGCUCUCUCUGAUGUAGUUCGUCAUGUGACGCAGUGUGUGUUAAGGUGCAGGAUGACUGUGUUAGCUGAAGCUGGCAGAUGCCCUCUUCCCUCUCUCUCUGUCUCCUCGUGUCCACUCUGCUCCUUCAUUACGACGCUUCAUUUUAAUCCUCCACCAAGUAUAGAUUUCCACUUCCCCUGUCCGAUUGUUCAUUUACUCUCCCACUCAGCUGGUAAUGCAUACACCAGCAGAGUCUAAUUUCCCAGUAAUCCAUGCUUCCUCAUCUAUCUGUGAUUCUUUGUCCAUUAGCGGCUCUCAUCCGUCUGCCUUCACAUUGCUGGAGAGAACCUUGUUUUUCCUACAGAGCUCUGUGGACCAGAGGAUGAUUUAGCACAAAAAAAAAACGAUCCACGCACCUCAUUCCUACUCAUACCUUCAUGUUUCUUUUUUUUUUUUUUACUUCUUCACGGUGUUGUACUUUUAGCCUCCUCUGUAGUCUCUGAGGAGAAGGGCAGCUGCCAGCUCAGCACACAGAAACACAAAGCAGCCAUAUUCAGAUGUCAAGCAGAGAUCUGUGACUCAAGUCUAUGUUGUGGUGGCUUCAAUGCCGCCGUGUUUGUAGCAAGAGCAAGGGAAUAGCCUUAACGAUUGGACCAACUACACAAAAAGUAGUGGGAUGUGUACAUUUGUAGUGGACUAUUAUUACCUUCCCUUUCCCACACUAGAUUUAUUACUCAGUAUUCCGAUGUGCUGCUUGGUUGCUCUGUACAUAUCUGUGUAGUACUUCUGUUGAUGUCUCUGUAUUAGGAUAGUGACGGGUUCUUACUGGGCGACCUCUGCAGACAUCCUCUCCCUCCCGUCUUGUUUCACUUUCCUCAAAAACUUCAAACAUUCCAUCUUAAUCUCAAAUGAGCAACAUUUUAAAGAUGAUUAGAUUUCAUGUAGGCUGAGGAAAAAAACAGAAGGACUGAACCACAGAUAGAUCCUCUGGAGUCAUGAUAAUAACCGUCUUGUCUGUGUUCACGUCCCCUCUGAGAACCACAAGCAACAGACUCAGCAUAACAACCAUCACACAUGCCUCUCUGCUCCUCCAAACCCGCCCUCACGGCGACCUCACCUGGCUCCGGCAGGUCAGCGGGUCACCGACUGGUUUGAGGAGCCACUGAUCUCCGGGGGGGGGGUGGGGGGUGAUAAGGGUGAGGUAGGUGAGCAGGUGGGAGAGCCCUGGGAGGCAGCAGAGAGGCAUUUUCUGUGGUUCUGGGUCUGGUGGGAAGGGAGCAAGGGCGUCCUCAAGGUCAAACCCAGCAGCACUUUGGUUUUGCGUUCCAUGUUUUUUUAGCCUCUCCUGUUUUUUGGCCAAGCGGACUGUGAUCUUACUGGUUUUCUUGUUCUCCUCCACCCAUCAGUGUUACAGAGUGUGUUGGGUGGUGUGGGAGUCAUGGAGCUGAGCUCUGAUUUUGUUCCAUAUUAAAGAAUCAU